AUGAGGCAGGGACUGAUGUCCAAUAACAUGGCAAAGAUUGCAGAUACCCGCAAGACAGUGGAACAGCUGAAACUGGAGGUCAACAUCGAAAGAAUGAUGGUGUCCAAAGCAGCAGCUGAUCUGAUGGCCUUCUGUGAGGCUCAUGCCAAGGAGGACCCUCUGGUGAUACCAGUGUCAUCCUCUGAGAACCCUUUUCGGGAGAAGAAAUUCUUCUGUGCAAUACUCUAA